AUGGACGGCAUCAUUAACACGGUGUCAGCGGGGCACCAGAUCGUGCCGCUGCUGGCGCUACUGAAGCCCAUGGGGCAGAUGGUGGUCGUCGGCACGCCAAGCACGCCGCUGGAGCUGCCGGCGUACGCCAUCAUCACGGGCGGGAAGCGGGUGGCCGGGAACGGCGUGGGAAGUAUCGCCGACUGCCAGGCGAUGCUGGACUUCGCAGGAGAGCAUGGCGUCAACACAGCGAUCGAGCGGGUCGAGAAGAACGAUGUGAGGUACCGCUUCGUUAUUGACGUCGCGGGCAGCAAGAUGGAUACCGUUGCUUAG